AUGUUCACUGCCAUGUUAAUGGACGCUUAUCGUAACGAGCGUCCUAGGAUCGGCCUCACCUACAGGACGUACGGUCAACUCUUCAACAAGCGACCGAUGCACUUCCAGCCGCGUGUAUCCACAACUUCCGUCCAUGAACUUCUCUUCGCCAACAACUGCUCUCUCAAUGCCCCCUCCGUAAGAGACGUGCAAAAGAGCAUGGAUUUCUUCAUCGCCGCCUGCGACAACUUCGGCCCAAUCAUCAACACGGAGAAGAUGGUGGUCAUGCAUUAACCGCUACACGACUCUGCCUACGUCGCACCCCAAAUCGACAUGAACGGUGUCCAACUGAAAGUCAUGGGAAACGUCGCCUACCUGGGCAGCACCCUCAGCCUCAACAUUAAGAUCGACGAUGAUGUGCCCCGCCAGAUUUCCAAAGCCAGUCUAGCUUUCGGCCGUCUGCGAAAUACAGUUUGAAAUCGACACGGUCUCCACCUCAGCACCAAACUAAAGAUGCACGAAACGGUCAUACUGCCGACGUUGCUGUAUGAAGGGGAGACCUGGACGGUGUACAAGAAGCAAGCAUGAAGAUGCGGACAAUUCCACCUCAGCUUUCAUCUACGGAUAUUGAAGCUGAGGUGGCAGGAUUGGAUCCCCGACAUUUACGUACUGGAGCGGACAGGAAUCCUCAGAAUCUACGCCAUGCCGAGACAACUGUAACUGUGCUGAAGCGGCUACUUCGUGCGGAUGGACGACGAGCGGUUACUCAAAUGACUUUUCGAUGGAGAGGUUGUCACAGAUUCUCGCCAACAAGGAGGCUAAGUCCGUCGAUACAAGGACACUCUAAGGAUUUCACUGAAACGUCCGCAGAUCAACCCGGCCAACUGGGGAGAUCCCGCCCGACGAGGUGGGUAGGGAAGACUGAUGCAGCGAUUUGCGGAGCCAACCGCUUCACGGCCGUUUAAGCCAAAAGUGAGGCUCGCAAAUCUCAAUUGCACCCACCUCUCAGAGCCAACGCUUGACUGUCCCCAACCCUCCUGUAUUGUCAACGGACGUUCCUGGCACCAAUUGGAUUUAUUGGACACCUUUGUAUCAACUUCAGCACCCGGUCGGCACCACCCGAUAUCCCCGGUCCAUAUUUGCCUUGCCCCCCACGUCGGCAAUCAGCGCUGACCGCUUUCUUUCACCCUCACUACCAUCCUCAUCCUCCAUUGCCUCCACGUCCGCAGUGGCGGUUCCUGUACCCACCAUCACUGCACACGAUUCUGACGCACCAACAAACUUUAACCUCCUCACCGUCGAUGUCGGCGAUGUGGACUCGGUUCAUACCUGUCCUCAUUGCAAAUCCAUCGCACAGAGACUGACGAACCAGUGCUUGGAGCUCCAGCAUACACCAGACGCAUCCGCCUCAACUGCCCUCCCUGCACCCGCACAUACACCCACCGCAAGAACCUGUUAG